GUCUAUACUCUACUGAUGAUUAAUUAAGCAUAACAUAUCCUUUUGGAUUCUUCAUCAAUUUGCUUUGAGACCAUUCGGUUGAUUAUAUCGAGUUAUAUGGUGUGCAAGUUGAUUUCUGCGAUAUUUCCAGUAUCUUCGUUUGGAAAAUCGUCACUGUAAGUACAAUGUAAUAUUUAUUGCAUUUUGCUUGCAUCAUUUAUGUCUGGUCUUAUAUUAUCUUAUGAUCAUCUAAUGUAUGUGAACUUGCAAAAUCCAUGACGUAAUGUAAAGAGAACAUCAUUCUGCAGCAGCAAUAGACCGAAGUAAUGUUUUCUUAAUUAACAUUCAUGCCAAUAAUACUGCUAAUAUAUUUUACGCAACUGUUAAAAUGAUUGGCAAAGUUGCAGUAUUUUCUUCGAUUCCUAUGUAUUGUAGCCUAAUACAUAAUUGUAAUCCCUUCAUAUUGAAAUGAACACAGUUUUCUCUCAUGUUUCGGUACCAGACACAAAGGACAGAGAUGGUGUUCUACGGGGAGAGAGAGAACGGGACACGCGAGCGGCCACCGCUGUCUCUCAUCCUACCGCAUCUUUACCUAGGUGCAGAGACUGACGUUACCCAGGUAAUAAUGUUUUCAUUCAGUAGGUCAGUCUCUAGAAUUGAUAGCCUAGCUCUCGUCAUUGGCCAAAGCAUUGUAUUUUCACAAUGCACCGGAAAUGCACCUCUUCCAGAAGACCAGAAUGUAUUAAUAUUGCCUGUUCUCGGUCUCUCGUUUCUCCGUGCUCUCCUGCUCGGCUGCAGGAUUGCCUCGGCGCCCGCGGGAUCUCCUACGUGCUAAGCGUGAGCCGCUGCAGCCCGCAGCCUACUUUCCUUUCCCGUUCCCAGUACCAUCGCAUCCCCAUUGACGACUCUCUCCUUGACGACCUGCUGCCCCAUAUCCCGGAGGCACUGCGUUUUAUCGGUGAGAAUAAUGAUGAGAUUGUGUUAGUUAUGUGUCAAAUGGAUGGCACUCUAUUCCCCAUAUAGUGCAACUGCACUAUUUUCGACAAGACAGAGAGCUAGUGCACUAUAAGGGGAAUAUGUCAUUGGAGAUUUGACCAAGGCAAAUCCUGCAGGUUAGGUAGUAGAACACUUCUGCAUGUCAUCAUUAUGCUAUAGUCUGCAUCAUCAUGGAUACAUUACACACUGGUGACUGUCUGUCUGGAAGAAACACAGAUGACUCAGUUCAAGUGAUGAGCAGUUAUUGAUCAGGGUUUCAUGCCAGUUAUGCUCCUAUGGUUUCAGAAAUAUUGAAUGCUGUUACAGCCCAUUCAGUACCACGGAAAUUGAUACAAGCCUACUGUUGCAGGAAGCCCAUUCAUGACAGUUGAUAUAAGCUGUGUGUCCUUUGCACAGUUUGCAGUCUGGCUGAUGUGAUGUCAUGCGAUACAGUAUGGAUGAUUUCAAAUAAACAAUUGACUUAUCUAUCUCUUCUCUCUCUCUCAGAUGGGGCUAUGUCAUCAGGUGGAUCUGUGUUAGUUCAUUGUGCUGCAGGAAUCUCUCGCUCCCCUGCCCUGGCUGUGGCCUACAUUAUGUACAACCUGGGGAUGGACCUUGACCAUGCCUACAGGUGUGUUUGACGGUGCUGUGUGUGUGUGUGUGUGUAUGUAUUCAUGCAUUUUAAUGAUUGGUUUGUGCGCAUAUAAAGCAUCCACAUCUAAUCUUGUCUGUUCCUCACUUUCAGGUUUGUGAAAGAGCGCAGGCCUUCAAUCUCCCCAAACUUCAAUUUUCUGGGUCAGCUACAACACUUCCAGGGAACCCUUGCUCAGAAGGCCUCUAAUGGCAACCCCACUAUCCAGCCAAUCAGAUCACUGGACACAUGCCUGCAGUCAAGCAAUGAAAACAUUAGCCGCGGUUCCUCUGUCCCCCUGUCAGCCAAUCAGAUCAUGAAUAUUCAGGACAAUGGCUAUGUUGCUAAGGACUUUUUAGAGGUUGCUAAAGUGCAUAAUAUGUACAAUGAGAAUUCCACUUGUAACAUAGAGAACAUAGAAACUCAGAGUCUAUCAGAGAAGCCACAGCAAGAUCAGAGGAGCGUAUCGUCACAACUGACGCUGUCUCUCUCCAGCAGACUCAGAACGCUCACUCUCAACCUGAACCAGAACCAGAACCAGAACCAGAGGGAGGCCCAGAGCCUGUGUGGAGCAAUGACUCCAAGCCCCAACGAACCAGCGACACCAACACCAAAGCCCAGUACACUACAAAUCCCAACAGGCAUUGUGUCUCUCUCUGAGAAGCGCAAGAGCCUCACCCUCUCCCUGUCUCCCGUUGGUGCAAUUCCCCCUACUCCCCACCAGAAUCAGCCAGAAAGCAGCAACAGCAUUAGCCACAAGCCAAUGCGCUCCAGCGCUUCCAACACCAACCACAAGAUGGGGGUAGAAGGCACCAGUGGUUCAAAAAGGCACGGUCGACCUUCGACGGUGGCCCUUUCCUCCUCACAGACAGAUGUACAACAGAGAGAGAGGAGCACAUCCUGCGGUUGGCCCAAUCGCUGCUCCUCCCGAACCCAGGCGAAGGGAGAGAAAGAGGGAAGAAGCCAGGGUAAAAGAGAGCCCGGCCAGAGUGUGGAGAAGGGGAGGCCUAACUUAACUCCAAAGACAGGGAAGGACCACAGCAAGGGAAGAGCAGAGAGGGAGACACUAACAGGGAGCCUGAGCAGCAGUUCUGUUUUGAACCAGCACAGUAUCGUAGUUGACCAGCAGGUGUCACCAGCAGCUACGCUGUCUGCAUCUGCAGUGGAGGCUGAGGAAGGAGUGGAUGCUGAACAGGGCCACCUGUCUCCUCUCAACCUGACUGUCAACAAGCUGCUGGGCUGGGGUGAGAAGAUGCUGCUGGGGGUGCUGCUCGGCCCCCGGAUCAAAGUGGGACAGGCUGUUCUGCCCUAUAGGUGCUGAUGCAGUAAGAGACCACUGGCGAGGACAGAGAGAGGACUGAUAAAUGCCAGGAGAUUGAUUUGUGUGCGUGUGAGGAACUAAAGAACAGAGAACUGAACUGCAUGUAUAAUAUUUGUCUGCCCAUACCAUGUUCACGGAGCUCUGAGUGAAUGUUUGUCCUAUAAAUGCCAAUUUAUUGUUAACUUCCUUCAAAAGCACUAUAUAUAUUACAUAUAGGAGCAGUUUAUGCCUCCAACACAAUGCACAUAGAUUAAGUUUAUGGCUUGAUUAUGUUUAUUUUUAUUUAUUGAUUGACAUGAAUCAAGUGAUCAGUUUAUUGUUGUUAUUUAUACAAUUAAUAUUUUGAGGAUGGUAUUUUGGCACUGUUGUUUCUAAUGGGAUCACAGUGUUAAUUAAAGAUGAC